AUGUCCAACGACGACGACUACAUGGCCUUCUUGAACAAGGCAAACCAGGAUACUGGCGCAGGUGCAUCUACACAGGCCAAGACAGUAUUCAAGGCAAAAGAUCAAGGCGCUGAGGUGCCCAAGCCUAUCGUCGAUGUGUGCAAAAAGAUCGUCUACACAUCUGACGCAGACGAGCCCUUCGAAGAGGUGUCUCUCAAGUGGCAGGGCAAGAAUGGUCUACCCACAGAGACCGAAUUUGCCAAGCUCAUCGACCACUCCUCUCCCGAGUCGGCAGAGAUCCAGAUCCUCGACCCUCUGAGCUGGGACUCUCAUGGCAAGUACACCGACGUCAUCGAAGCCGUUCGCGAAGCCUCUCAGGGCAACGAUGUGCGCGUUUACCAAGUAACGAGAGACUCUACAAGAAUCGAAUAUUGGGUUAUUUCGCACGCCGAUGGAAAGCUCAUUGGUGCCAAGGCCCUCUCUGUUGAGAGCUAA